GGCUGCAGUAAGAAAGAGCCCAUGUCUGUCUCUUGUUGUGUAUGUUAGUGCCAGCGCGACGGCGGACACCUCUGAGAUGAGGCUUAAUCGUGUGUAUUUUUUAUAUAUUUUUUUGUUUAUGUUUUUUUCUCAGCCAUUCAGAGAAGCAACUUGUCUUUAAGCCUUAUAAAGUUUGUUAAGUUCUUACACAAAUAAACUACAAAUUGGGAACACAUUUUCCACUUUUAUGACUAUAUAGACUGAUUUUUUAUGAUGGGUAUACAAUGAUUAAUCCCUUACAUAAUGUUUAGUCAAUUGCAAACCUAUAACGGAAUAUAUAUAUAUAUAUAUAUGUCCCCGCUUAAAUUGAAAUAACAAACCAUUCUGUAUCAUCAUUACCUGUCGUCGCCAGAUAGCUGACUUGUUGUGGUGUGAGUCACCUGCCUGCUAGAGGGCCUUUAACCAUUAUUAUCUCAAUCCGGUAAAGUGAGGGGGUGUGCGCGCUGUUUGCUUGCCGCACAGGUAGAGCGGGUAUGGUUGCUCGGAAACCGCUGCAGGGGUGUCAUGAGCGGGGUGUGAACUCCUUCCUAGGUCUGACUACUGCAAUCCUAAAUCAAAGGCGAGCUAUCUCCUGAUGUUUCUACAUCCCCGCUAACCCCAUCAGCCCUCUUCACACUCGUGUUGAGCCUGUCCACCUAUUGUAUAAACGCCGAGACCAUAUAAAGACUCUCGUGAAUGCAGUGACUUAAUGUACAUUCUCUCUCAAGAGGGUUAAUGCUCUGCAUGACACGUCAUUUGUUUAAUCCUGUUGCCUGUAAAUUCUCCUGCAGUUAACUGCCACGAUGAACUGUCUUUGCACCUGUUGCAAGAGGAAGCACAAGCCCCCGGGGUUCAUUAUCGAGGAUCAUGUUGCUUCCCAUCCCCGCCGAACCGAAUCGACGACCCUGGGCAUGGGGAUCGCAUGCCUUGGUGGGCAGUUUGCCUCAUGUUGAUGCCCCGGACUUCCUGUUGUUUUUAGAGCUUUGUUUCUCACCAGCUGUCGGUGCAGCACAUACAUAUGGCUCAUAGGAGACCAGGAACGAGGGGGCCGUGUUCCUCAGUCAUCACUUCACCAUUAUGAGGGGGACAGCCUGUCUCCGAGUGUGCACGCACCUCAUUUGUGGUCUCCAGAAGAGAUAACCACCAGGCUGACGGAUGCACCUGUUUUGUUGCAUUCUGAAAAAUAGGACUUCUAAUAGGGUGCUGAAGACAAAUACACCAAUAGUUAUCCUCGACACACUGGCAUACUUUGAUAUAGCACUUUGCAAACAAGUGUCUCCAGAGAUUGUGACAUACUGAACAGGUUAAUUCAGGUGCAAAAAUACAUCCAAUGUAUUGCUGACCCCAGAAAUAUCAAAAUGCUGCCAAGUCCCCUCCCCCUGAAUAUUGUACACAUUGUUUACUCAGCCCUGACACAUACUUGACUUGACACGGACAUUCAGGUCAUUUGACUUGAGGAGUUCUUGCAACAUCAGGUAUAUCUUUGGUAACUGGAGGAGCGCUUUCCUCUUCUGUUCAGGACAAGUGAGAUUGCAGCACUGGAGCGCGGCACAGUCAAGUUUAAAAUAAACUGUAAACUUUUUUAGAGGUGGAACAGUCUGUACAAAUAGAAGUCGGAAAGUUGGUUAGUGAGUUCACACAUACGAUUGCGUAUUUUGAGAAUUGUUGAAGGCUUAUAUGGGCUAUAUAUAAAAUGUAACAAUUAUUCUGUGACCUGGUGGGAAAAUAAUUGUAUUUGUUUAUUAUAUGAAGCACCAAUUAUUCUUACACAAAGUUCUCUACUGUUAUCUACUUCAGGCCAGUUGUUUAAAUAUUGUUGCUGCUCUGUUCUCUUGGUGUGUUGUUACAUAAGAGUCCUAAAAUCUUGUCAAAUUGAUCUUUAAUCACUCCUAUCACAGGAGAUUGUAGUAUUGUUUUUGUAGAGGGAAACAAAGCACACGGCCACGACUAAACAUUUGGUUUGCUGGGCAGCAGAAAGGGGUAGAUUUGGUUAAUGUACACUCUAUUCCAAUAUCGGGGCUAUAUUUCUUUCUUGGCUUUUGUAGAGGAUGUGGGCUCUGCUUACAGAGAGUAUUUUGAAAGUUCUGUUUCUCUUCAUUGGCUUUUCCUUUCAAAACCUUUCACUGUCAUUCAUGGCUCUGUCUUGGCUGUGUUACAGGUACACCAAAAGCAGGGGCAGCCAGCCGGGUGAUCUGAGUGUUUCCUGACUUUGAUGCGACCCGAGUGUGCCUGGAGCAUGUCCACAGUGGGCCUGGCUGCCCAGGAGAUUUAUUUUCCCAUAGAAAACCCCUUCCUGAGGGGCAGCUACUGUCAAAGCAUGGCUGGGUCCAAACCCUCUUGGAACUAUCACAAUGAGCUGGACAACUUCUACUUCAGUAUGGACACUGCACACUCGGAUAACAGCUCUCGUGCUCAUCAUAAAGGGCCACCUCCACCGUGUCUAAAUUAUGAAAGACAGAAACACAGUCCCAGUUCACAGAGAUUACCGCCAAAGAAAUCCAGGCCCUCCCAUCUCUCCUUGUCCUGCAGUGUUGAACCAUCAACCCCAAGUCCUGCUGAUGAUGACCAGGUGGUCCCCUCAUUCCAGAGGCUCUCGGUGUACGAGUGCAGCAGUCCACCACAGACGCCAGGUAGAUGCUCCAAGCCUCUGCCGCCCAUCCCUCCACAAACGGACGUCUCCACUGAGCAGGCAAUGGACAAGGAGGUAGAAUUUUUCACGAGUUCGGACGAUAGCUGCUGUCUGGUGUCUGAUCAGAGUUCCAAAUCGUCUCCCUUUCGAUAUGGAGUCCCCAAUCGAAGGAGCUUCAGGGACUGUGGGCAGAUUAACUAUGCUUACUACGACGUCCCAUUAGGACCGCAAAGCCAGAAGCAGCCCAAGCAGCAGCAGCAGCAUCAUCAGGCACAUCCUCCACAGGAAGUGCGGGAACAGCAUGAGCCGCAGCGACAGGAACCACCUGAGCCAGCGGUCUAUCAGAGACAGCAGGACAAAGCUCAGAGGAGACUGCGACGCUCGCACUCUGGCCCAGCUGGAUCCUUUAACAAGCCCUCGCUGCUGCGCCUCACGUGCCAAAAACGCCACACCCAAAGUAUGGAUAAGCCCGAGAUUCCACCCCCUAUCCCUCCACGAACAAUCAAGACGGGAGACUACCGCCGCUGGUCAGCAGAGGUCUCGUCUGGGGCUUACAGCGAUGAGGACAAGCCACCCAAGGUUCCGCCAAGGGAACCUUUGUCUAGAGGCAGCUCCCGCACCCCCAGCCCCAAGAGCCUCCCGACAUACAUUAAUGGGGUGAUGCCCCCAACCCAAAGCUUUGCACCGGAUCCUAAAUACGUAAGCUGUCGCGGUUUACAGAGACAGCAAAGUGAGGGCUCCCCCUGCAUCCUCCCUGAUCUGGAGAAUGGCAAGAAGGCCAGUACCACACAUUACUAUCUCUUGCCUCAGCGGCCCGCUUUCUUGGACUCCCCUUAUGUAGAGAGAUUUCUUCGGGUCAUGGAAAGCCCUGCAGCUCGCAAUACAGAUGUAUCCGACUUAGACUGGGACUGUCACACCAAGAGGAAAGCACAUGUGGAUUUAGUUUGAAAAGUUUAAAUGGAAGUAGCAGAGGACUCUACUGUACUGUGCAUAAAGCCACUUGAAAAAAUUGUGAAACUGGACACUAACAACCCUCAAACUGCUGCUUUUACUUUUAAUUUUGUUUAACCCCCUAUGUAUUCUGAACAGACAGGGUAUGUGCACACUGUAUUCAGUUACUGGUAAUGUUAAGUAGCUAUCACAGCCAAGAUACUUUAUGUAAAAAAAAAAAAGCUAUCUCUGACUAUAGCUUGUGGGAAAAAUUCCACAAUGUAGAGCUUUCUUUUGAUAUGAUUUUUUACCUUUAUUUCAUGACUUUCAAUGUUUUUUUGUUGUUGCUGAUUUUGUGGUACUGUCAGAGGCUGCAAGCGGGCCUUGAACCUCAUGUGCUCAGUGUUUUUCUGUAUGUGGAAGGUUGAGGAUGUUUUGUGAGAUGCAUUGAAGCUGCUUUUGUAUCUCACAAGGGACAAAAGGUCAGUAAUGUAACCGUGAAUCAUUUAAUAUAUGAAGUCUAAAUACAAGGCCAAUUAAUUUUUUACAAAAUGAAGGAUAUUAGCAUACGAAUCUCUUUUCUGUUUGCUAUUGUAUAUCGACACUGAUGUGGUUUCCCUGCUUUGAUGAAGUUUUAGUCUUACUCAGGCCACUAUAUCUGUGUAAAAUAAUGUUUCCCACACGGUACAUUUUUUUACUCCCGAGGUGGGUACAUUUCUGGUAGCUACGCAUGUUUCCGUUGGAAUAUCUAGUGCAGCUUAUGUAGUGUAGUUGUCUGUUGAGGUGUGUGUGUGUACGCGUGUGUGUGUGUGUGUGUGUGUGUACAUGAUUUGUGCAUGUGAGCAUCGGUUGGAAAAGUGUUCUGGUGAGACUUUAUAAAAAUGACUUUCUACGAUUGGUGUCUGUCAACCAUACUUGUUACUGUGCUCUGCUUAUUUGCAGCGCCUGCUUUUGAGUACAGCCCUCUAAAAAGUGAUUGCGUUCCUUCAGUGUCCAGGUCUGUUUUGUUGCACAGAAAUUGGCCUGUUGAACAUUAAGUGAAUGCGAUUCUCACUGAAAUUCCAUGAAACAGUUGGAGGAGCUUAUUUUAUUUUGGUCAAGCUGUGAGUAAUUGCUUGGAACUAAUUUGCCUCAAGUACUACCUCCCUUUUUAUAUUAAUCCUAUAUUUCACAUACUCCCCAGUAAUAAAGGAAAACAAAUUAAUUAUAAUCUACAAAAGAUGAGGUAACCAGCUCUAUAUGUGACCUGACCAACUCAAGUACACUUUGGUUAAGCAUAACACAAAGGCAAUUCUAACCGGAUAUCCUUAAGUAGAGAUUUUACAUCACGCGGAUCUUAGAUCACGGAGAUGUUAGGCUAACCUGUUAAUACAGAUGGAAAUUACAAAGCCAGUGCAGGGUUUACCUACCUGACACAGACUUUCCUGUUCUGCUCAUGCAUUCCUGCCUUACAUGAUUGCAGUGGGUGUGGUCUGAGAGACUUUGGCUGCUGGCAGCCUAGAAACUAUAUGAUUAUUAUUGUUGUAGAUUAUUCAAGAAGCAUCAGGAGGAUAUAAUACAUGUAGCACAUGUUUUGAAGUAACCCUAGGUAUUGAAAAAUGUUCAGUUUGGGAAAUGGAUAAUUGCUAAGGUCAAAUGGUAAUUUAUAUAUACUUUCCCUCUCUCCUGCUCACAAAACCUUGCCAACACAAUGUUCCUUCUGGACUUAAUUAAUGUCGGAAAAAAUGUUUACAUCAUACACUGAUACUAUUUAAUCUUAAGGUAUUCAUAUGUCUUAUUAGAAAUAAUAAAACUGAAUGAAGACUAGUUUAUCAUGAAAUAACUUCUCUGCUGUGGUGAAGACAUGCACUGGGAGAGUACAGUAUGGUGUGUACAGUAUUUAACAAUUCCAUUUGUUUUUAUGAGUAGUUUAUGCGUAUAUUCUUUAAAAAGAAAGCAAAAUAAAAUGACUUAUUUAUGAGCCCGCUUCAUUCUGUCUGUCACCUCAGCUGUUUGGCCUGUUUUCUCACCCACACACCCUCAUGCUGUGCCUUAUUGUAACUGGCCUCUAUCCAGAGAAGAGUGACUUACAAUGUUCGACUGACAGGCGAACAGUGUAUUACCUUCCUCUUCCUGGUAAGAAUGCGCUCUCCUGCUGCAUGACUGCUUAGAUGCUCUGUGGCAGCCAGCUUUGCGCCCACAGGUUUUCUUAGCACUUAACAAUGUUGCAAGGGUUUUACUCUUGACUUAGGUCCAUGUGGUUAGGCAUGGAGCCCAAACCACAGUGAAACACACAGAGCAUUAGAGUUCAAGUGAUGACUAAAUCAGCUGCAAUUCAACUGCAAUUACCACUAUAACUUAGUUUAAGUCCUAUUUAUCAGAUCAAUCUCAACGUGUAUAUGUAGACGAUGAAAUUUCAAUAAACAAGGUUAGUCACGGAGUUCCACAAGGUUCUGUGCUUGGACCACUUUUAUUCACUUUAUAUAAGCUUUCCUUUGGCACUAUUAUCAGAAAACAAAUUCCUGAUGUUAGACACAACUGAAGUUAUUCUACUACGCCCAGACAACUCCGAACUCAACUAUAUAAGGAUAUAAUUUCUCUAGAUGGCAUUGCCCUGACAUCAAGCACCACCGUAAAGAAUCUGAGUGUUGUCCUUAACUCCCACGUGAAACAAAUCUCAAGGACUGCCUUUUCUCAACUCUGUAACAUUUUGAAAAUUAGGCACAUCCCGUCUCAAAGAGAUGCAGAAUAAUUAGUAAUGAUAAUACAGGAAUGCUUAUGGUUCCUAUAAUUUUUUUAAAGUAGGAUGGGAGCCAUAGCCUUCAGCUCCUCUUCUAUGGAACCAGCUUCCACUUUCAAUCUGGCAGGCAGAAAACAAUCACAACAUUUAGGAUUAGAUUUAAGACUUUCCUCUUUGAUAGCGCUUCUAAUUAGCGCUGGCUCAGGUUUGCACUGGUCCAGCCCCUAGAUGCUGCUAUAUGCCUAAGCUGCUGGGGACAUUUUAGGAUACACUGAGCUCCUCUCUUCUCUUCUGUCUCUCCUUUUGUUUGAAAUCAUGUCCCAUUAAUUACAAACUCUGCUUCUGCCCUGGAGUCUUUGUGCUUUCUCGCUACGCAGGUUUCCAUGGCUUGUGGUUAUAUCUGGACCCUGCAUGGUCCUGCCCGACACCGACUGUGACGAUUAUUGAUUUUAUUAGUUGCAUUGCUAUUACUACUGCCGAUACCAUUACUGCUUAUACUAUAAUUGUUAUUCUACUACGUCCACUGUUGCUGUUAUUAUUGAACCUCUCAUCAUUUCUUUGGGGGGGAAGUUUUUCCUGUUCCAAUGUGAGGUACCGGGACAGAGGAUGUCGUAUGUGUACAGAUUGUAAAGGCCUCGGAGGCAAAUUUGUGAUUUUGGGUUGUACUAAAUAAAUUGAAUUGAACCUCUCA